CAGUUAACCGCCACCAGAAAAUCAGCUGAACGACAAGGAUGGAGACAAGAAAUGGGUCAAAGUCUGAAAAAGUGGUUUUAAUUGCGUAAGAGGACAAAGAUGGGCCGCCGAGGGCGACGAUCUGCGUUCAGACGCCGAAGCAAACUGGACGGGGCCCCCUUUCGGAGGCGGCAGAACUCUGUAGACGGGCGCUAGCUUUUCGAAUCGCGUCAGGUCGUUUUCAGGCGAGAUGAACAGCCUAGACCCGGCCAGUCCGGCCCUCGGGGUGCCCUUCCUGCGCACCAUCGAGUGGGAGAUGAUGGACAAACGCAAGUUCUUCCCCCUCAGCAUGCUCAGCUCGUUCAGUGUUCGCUGCGCCCUGUACCCCCUGACCGUGGUCAAGACUCGACUGCAGAUUCAGCGACACAACGAGGCCUACAAGGGAAUGAUGGACGCCUGCGUCCAGAUCAGGAGGACUGAGGGCUUCAGGGGGCUUUACAAGGGCUUCUGGGUGAGCGCCGCUCAACUGAUUUCUGGUGUGUUCUACAUUUCGACGUACGAAGGAGUGCGGCACCUUCUGAAGGAGCGAGAGUUGGUCAGCGACUCGCGCAUCCGCGGCAUGGUUGGCGGUGCGGCAGCGUCGCUUGUCGGCCAGAGCAUUGUGGUGCCGUUCGACGUCAUUUCUCAGCACAUCAUGAUCCUUGGACAGACGAAGGGUGCCAGUCAGGCGGCCACCAAUCCGCUCGGCGUGGUCGUCGAGGGACGCAGCAGGUUCCAGAUCGCGGCCUUUGUCACUGCUGAGAUCUACCGGCGCGACGGGCUGAGAGGAUACUACAGAGGAUACACCGCCUCGCUCUGCACCUAUGUGCCCAACUCUGCCAUGUGGUGGCUCCUCUACCACUUCUACCAAGACGAGCUGUACAAACUGCUUCCAACUGGGAGCUCGCACCUGAUGAUCCAGUGCGUGUCAGGCACAAUGGGCGGUUUCACGACAACCCUGCUGACGAACCCGCUGGACAUCGUGCGGGCGCGGCUGCAGGUGCAGCGUAUCGGCUCCAUGUCGCGCACCUUCCGCGACCUCUGGGCCGAGGAGCGGCUGCGCAUCUUCAGCAAGGGGCUGAGCGCGCGGCUCGUGCAGUCAGCCGUUUACUCAUUUGCCAUCAUCCUCAGCUACGAGAGCAUCAAGAGACUCAGCAUCAACGAAGAGUACAGAGAACUGGUGCGCUGGUGAGACUUAUCAGUUGGACUGUGGCACUACCUCGUGUUUGUUUCCGCAAUCAAAGGACGACAUUCGCACCAUGUUUACCAUGUCUAACAGGUGCUUCUCGCGGGUCAUUUACUUUUUCGUUUUGGUUGGUUCUAUAUUAAGGCGAACCCCUCUUGGUGUGGGUCUUCAGAUCUUGAUAAAUUUCUUUCACGAGCUGCCCUAGUGGACCAAUGGUGAUCUCUAAAAUUUUUGCUCAAAUUGCAUAAAUCAGAAACGAAAUAUCAACCGUCAGAAAUUAUUUCAAUCCUUGAAAAUCGCUAAAUUUUAGUCUUCGAUACAUGUGCAACUCUUGGAAUUUUGAUUUAAUAUUUUAGGGUUCAGCAUUGUUCGGGCAGCACCUUCACAAAAUUUCAUCAAGGCCUAAAGACCCAUGCCAAGAGGGUUUCGUAUUGAUCAGGAACCCACCUUUUAGAUUAGUCUUUACUUGAGUUGUCUGCUGGUUCAGGCCAAAUAACCGCGUUUUAAGAUACCAUUUUUCAGUAGUUUAGUUCCGAUAUUGUGAUACAGGGUAGCGAGCGAGUUGUUCUAUCAGCACACAGUUAACGUUGUUGUAAGUCCGUUGUCGAGAGUUGGAAAACACGAUUAGUUGUGAUAGAAAAUGAUUGAACUUCCUUUAAACUAUUUUUAUUUCAUUUACUUCGUUCAUUACCACCGUUGUGUUGACGCAUAUUUACAAUGUAUAUACCCAAGUUCUGCAAUAAACAAGACAGGCUUAUUUAUUGAACGCAA